UUCUCAACUGGCUAGUCCUCUGUUUAUAUGUUGUUAUUACCCCUAGUUAUAUGUCUUACACUAUGUAUGUAUGCUGACAUACCGAGCUACCCAAGCUACCUGCCGGGAUAGCCUAUUAGUUUCACCCAAAAAGAUACCUAUUUGUAUACGCCUACCUAUUUGUAAGCAGCCUUGAAAAAGGGAGGACUACAUCAACCGUCUAAAAGAAAAGAAAAGAAAAGAAAAGAAAAGAAAAAAGAAUACAACCAAAAAAUGACGUUGCAUCAAAUUUCAUGAUUAAAUCCUCAAAAAUACAUUAAAGUUCUUUUCCAUUCUCCCGCAUUAUGCCCGCAAUUCCCCGCCAGAAGGCUUGCAUCGCCUGUGCGGAUGCCAAGCGCAGAUGCGACAAGCAGCUCCCCGAGUGCCAGCGAUGCCUGGACAGAGACGUGGAUUGCGUCUAUCCGCAGCCCAAGAGGCGGCGGAGAAACCUGCCUAGAAGCACAGGCACAAGCACAGGCAUUCAUCAGCUUGGAGACAUUCCCCUGGUCCAAGACCCCGUCCCGGUCGAUGCCGAUGCCGAUGCCGACGUUCCGGUCCCCGGUCUCGACUUCGUGGACUGGGGCGCCAUCGAGCACGCUGAUCUCGAAGUCUCCCUGUCGGACAUGCUAAUGCCGUACCUCCAACCCGAGCCGGCGCACACGUACACGCACGUCGCCAACCAACCAGCGCCUCGAAUCGCGCUCGAAGGAGACGACAACGACGGAAACAACACGCGCGGCACCAUCACGUCCGGCAGCGGCGGCGCCUGGUUCCUCGGGGACGAGACGUGGGUUCUACAGCACAACCAGCACAACAAGCCGGCCAAGACGUCGACGAACGUGGAGCUAGAGCCCUUCGUCCGCGCGGUCGAGGAGAUGCUGCACAGCUGGGUGCGCAACGGGCACAACAGCUUCAUCCACCGGCGGCUGUACAACCACAGCAGCAGCAGCAGCACCCACGGCGGGCGGGACAUGCCCGCCUGCCUCGAGGACGCGUUCACCACGCUGGCGACGUACGUCGGCCGCACGCCCGCGAUGCACGAUACCAUACUGCGGAUCGCGGAGCGGCGGUCGUCCGCGCUCGUGAGCGGCCGGCCGGACCCGCGGUGUGCUUCUUCUCCCCCCGGCGAGGAGGGAGAUGGAGACGGGGGUUCGGGCACGCAGGGCAUACGGGCGCAGCUGGCGCGCGUGCACGCGCUGUUCGUCUACCAGUUCGUGCUGCUCUUCGACGGGGCCGUGCGCGCGCGCGCGCACGCCGAGAGGCAGCUGCCCACGCUGCGGCGGUGGGUCGCACAGCUGUGCGCGGCGGCGCGAGGGUACCGAGGGGAGGACUUGGUAUUCCCACAAGACAACCACCAGCAUAAUAAUAAUAAUAAUAACAGCAACAACAACAGCAGUAAUUUCGACCGGGACUACGAGACGGCGGCGGGGCUGUGGCAGCUAUGGAUCCUGAUCGAGAGCGUGCGGCGGUCGCAGUUGGUCAUCGACACGGUGUGCAACGUGUACGACGCGCUGACGAGGGGGUGGGCGGACUGCACGGGGGCGGUGAUGUUCACGGCGCGCCGGGGGCUGUGGGAGGCGGACUCGGCGAUGCGGUGGUUCGAGCUGUCGUCGUCGUCUGGCGGGGAGCCGCUUCUGGUGCCGGCUCUGGUGCCGGGGCCGCUCAUCUUCCAGCAUAGCGCCGACGAGUUUGAUGAUUUUGUCAGGGUCGUCUGGGCGUGCGUUAUUGGCGCGGAUAAGAUGAAGAGCUGGGUUGAUAGGAGUAGUAAAGCGAUUCGAGCAUAGCUGAUGGUAUAAGAGGUACCUAAAUAACCAAAGCUAUGGCGAUAACUUCAUAGAAGAGACGCAUGAAGCCAUAGGAAUCAGUAGUUAACUAAACAUUAAAUCAUCUCUCAAUGAACAAUAUCGUUCUUCGGCGUAAAUAUCUAUCCGAGCAUCCGUAAAGAAACGCGCGCCCCAGACCGUUUAGUCGGAGCUGGCGGCAUACGGGCAAAUUGCGGAAAAUUUGCGGGAUUCUAGCGGAAUUCCUCAUCACGUCGAUCAUGCGUGUCAUGAGGGCGCCCAGUACUUACCACGCAAAAUCCUUGCUUGACGUAUUUGGAGUGAUUUCAAAGCAUACUCCAGGGAUGAGAUAAUCAAACCAAAAAAAAAAAGAGGAGGGCAUGGCAGCCCGGUUACGACGUCGGUGAG